UACAGCUGUGCUCAGUCUGCUGGAGACGGCGUUGAUUGAAGCAUGGAGAAUCAACAGUGCAAGUCAGAAGCUGCCAAGGAGAAGACAGCAGACACAUCUACCCCAAAGGAUAACUACCUGGAUGCCCUGAUCAUUACAAUUGGACAAUUUGGACGCUUUCAGACAAUCAACUAUGUGAUGCUCUGCCUGCCCAUCAUAUGCAACGCCUUCUAUUCCAUCUCCUACGUAUUUACAGCCAGCGAUGUGGUUCACAGGUGCAAUAUUAGCCAAUGCGACGAUCUUAAAAGCAGCUAUAUUGAGCCUUGGCUGAACUUUACGAUACCAGAGCACAAUGGAGAGUGGGAUGCAUGUAAGCAUUACGAGGCGAUUCCUGGCAUUGAUGGACACUGCGAUGCUCCUUAUUUUAACAAAAGUUACCAAGCUAGUUGUGAAGCAGGCUACAAGUUUAGGGACAACGAAAACACCAUAGCCACAGAGUUUAACAUAUUUUGCUCGAGUCGAUGGAAACUUUCCAUGGUGGGCACAGUAAAUAAUAUUGGACAGUUUGUGGGCAUACCUCUAGGAGGCUAUUUGGCAGAUCGCUAUGGACGCAAACUGAUUCUCGUUGUGACAGGAGUGUUGAGCGCCCUUUGUGGACUGGCGCGCUCAUAUGCUCCUGACUACUACAGCUUUCUUUCCUUUGAGUUUCUGGAUAUGGCUGUGGGUAGCACAUUGUUUCCCACAGCGUUUCUGCUGGCGAUCGAGCUGGUCGGACCCAAGCAUCGUGUAGUGGCUGCAAUGGUGAUCAGUUUGACCUACGGCCUCGCUGAGGCAGCAAUGGGUUACCUGGCCAGCUACAUAAUGGACUGGCGAGUGCUGCUCCGUGUGCUUUACACCCCGGCUCUACUGCACCUGAUUUUCAUUUGCUAUCUUCCGGAAAGCGUUCGUUGGCUGCUAAGUCAGUCGAGAGAGGAGGACGCCAUUCAGACUCUCCGUAAGGUUGCACGUGUCAAUCAACGAGCACUUCCCGAUGAUCAACUUAAUGAAUUGAUUCAAACGAAUCGGGAGCUGGUUGCCAAUUCAGAGGCAACUGAUGGCCACUACAGCGUCCGGCAGAUCUUCAAUGCACUUGGCCUACGCAUUGCCCAAUGCUGUUUCUUAUGGUUCACCAAUACGUUAAUAGCCCUAGGCUUAACCCUCAAUUCCAUUGGCUUAAGUGGCAACAAAUUUCAGAACUUUAUCAUGACAGGAUUUAUGCAGUUGCCAGGAAUCAUUUUGGGAACGCUGCUGAUGCAUCGUUUUGGACGACGUUGGACGUUGAGUCUCUUUCUGAGCUCGUGUUCCAUUUUACUGCUAGCAAUGGCGAUAUUGGAUGGAGACUAUCCAACUUUUUCCUGGGGUCUCUACUUUCUGGCAAAAAUGACUUCAACCGGCAGCUUCAUGGUCUUAUAUUUCUUCACCUCGGAAAUUUUUCCCACUAGUUGUCGGAAUAGUUUGCUCUCCUUCUGCUCUAUGAUGGGUCGAUUUGGCUCUAUGUUAGCGCCACAAACUCCUCUAUUGAUAUACUACUAUAAAUAUGCGCCACAUUUGCUAUUUGCCACAUUUGGAUUGCUUAGUUCGGUUAUAGCCCUGUUUUUUCCCGAAACAGCUAAUAAGGUAUUACCUACAACAUUAGAGGAAGCACGUGCCUUAGACAGAAGUAUGCCGAUGAAACACCCAAAAGUAACAGAAGACUCAAAAACUGCUGUCUAAUCAAUUGAAAGUGCCAAUGACUGGGCAAACUUGGGUUCUUUUAAGAAUUGUAAAUAUUUGUUAUAAACUGAGACUCGCAUUGGAUGACAAACGAAAGUAUCAAAUUGUCAAUAUAAGAUUGCUGAAUACUAUUAACAUAUGUAUUUCUAGUAAUAAGAGAAUUAUUUUUGACUGCGGGAAUUUGUUUGUCGACGAAAUUUGAAGUUCUUAUAGGUGUUUAUCUAAUCGCAGUGUGCUUAUUGAGUAGCAUAUUGAAAUACGCAGAUCUAUAAUAAUAAACAUAAUCAUGUUAUUUCCUUAA